UUGGGCGUUGGACUCCGCAUCUUAUUAGCAACAAGGGGAAUUUCUCCAUUUUGCAGCCUGUCUACAGCGACACGGCCACCAAUCUGGGAUUUUAUUACUUCUCCCUACCUGUCAGCUUUUUCCUGCUAUUAUUUGAGAAAAAAAAAAAAAACCUUCUCUAACUGGACUUUGCUUUCCCCCCUGUGAACUUUUUUUUUUCCUCUGUGCAGACAGAGGGAGACAUCAGCGAAGAGCUUUGCGUUUCAACAAAGAGGCUUGUGAGUCUUUGUUCGGGUGUUUUUCUCUUGUGGAAUCGGUUGAGUUUCUUUGUUGGAGCGAAAAAAAAAGCAUGGGAGCGCAACUGUCCAAGACACCUGGAAAGGCUGAAACCGCGGCGGAGAAGCCCGGAGAGGCUGCUGCUUCACCCACCAAGACCAACGGACAGGAAAACGGCCAUGUCAAAGUGAACGGGGACGCGUCUCCUGCGGCCGCCGAAAACGGCAAAGAGGAGGUGCAGGCCAACGGCAGCGCCGCGGCCGAGGAGAGCCCCGAGGAGGAGGCCAAACCGGCCGAGGCAGCCCCCGCCGAGAAGGAAGCUGCGGAUGGGGAAGCGGUAGAGGCGGCGUCCCCUGCUCCUGCUGAGGGAGAGGAGGCGGCGGCGAAGACGGAGGACGGCGCCACGCCUUCCGCCAGCAACGAAACCCCCAAGAAGAAGAAGAAGCGCUUCUCCUUCAAGAAGUCGUUCAAGCUCAGCGGCUUCUCUUUCAAGAAGACCAAAAAGGAGACUGGCGAGGGAGCGGAGAACGAGGAGGAGGCGGCGGCGCCCACAGAGGAGGCCAAGGCCGAGAGCGCUGAGGGAGCCGAGGCUGCGAGCGAGGAGGCCAAGCCCGCCGCCGAGGGGGAGGCCGCGCCCGCUGCCGAGCCCGCCAAGGACCAGGUAGAGGCCGAGCCAGAGGCGGCUGCGGCGCCCGCAGAGAAACCCGCCGAGGAGGCCAAGGAGGCGGCGCCCGCCGAGGAGCCGAAGGCCGAGGAGCCGAAGGCCGAGGAGAAGCCGGCUGAGGAGGCGCCCAAAACAGAGGAGGCCCCCCCGGCCUCGCAGGAAGCUGCGGCGUCGGCCGAGGCUCCGGCGGCUUCGGCCGAAUAACCCCGUAAAAGGAAUUUGGAGAGGGGGAAAAAAAAGGAGAAAAGAAGAUAAUCAAAGAACAUUUCCCUGUUUGUAUGUUGGAGUGACGCCAGGCUGAUCCUGGCUUUGAAGAACUUGUCUACAACCAGGGAUAUUUUAAAGCUUUUUCUUUUGUUUGUUUUUUAAUUUUCGGUUUCCAUUCCCCCCUUACA